AAAUCCGGUCAAUACAGAAAAAUAACAGAGUCGCUGAGCUGCGGCUCUUAACGGUUUGAACUGUUUGUUUUCGGAGGCGUUAAAUAAGCUACCUGCAUUUCACAUAGCUUAUGAGAGGGAAAUACUGCCGGCUGUGAACAACCGGUAAGCCUGCAGGUGUGUGUUUGUUUCUCCGCCCACUCCGGAAAACUCCACCGAGUCGUCGUUAUUUUUAUUUUUAAGGUGACGUGGAGUCGAGCCCUUCUUCCACACUGCUUCAUGUGUCAGUAAAAAAGGACUUGGUGUACCCGGGUAUGAACGCAGCGGACACAUAAUACUUUGAGACGCUGCAUCGAGGAUUUCCAAGAUGUUUAGCUGCAACCUGAAAUCUUCGCACUGAGCUCCACUAUCGGCGCAAAGCGGAGCAGAGAGAGAGAGAGAGGGACUGUCGGGGCCUGGAGUCCGAGGAAUCCGGCGGACAGGUUUAGUUGGCUCUGCCGCAUCCGGACUGAAGUGGCAGUGAGACCGGGACUAUAUAUUGUGGAACAGGACACCUGCCAGGUGGCUGUCAGAGGACGAUGGUGCUGCACUGUGUCUUGAUCCUAAGCCUGUUCUCAGGCUGGGCAGUGGGCUACAAGCAAGGAGACAACGUGACUCUUUAUGUCAACAAAGUGGGCCCUUAUCAUAACCCCCAGGAGACAUAUCACUACUACACUUUGCCUGUUUGCAGGCCGGAGAAGGUUCACCACAAAUCCUUGAGUCUGGGAGAAGUGCUGGAUGGUGACAGAAUGGCGGAGUCUUUAUAUCACAUCCGCUUUAGAGAAAAUGUGGAGAAAAAAAUUCUUUGUCACCUCACUCUGUCAGAGAAACAGGUUGAUGAGCUUCGCGAGGCCAUCGAGGAGCUGUACUACUUUGAGUUUGUCCUGGAUGAUAUUCCAAUCUGGGGGUUUGUAGGGUACAUAGAGGAGAGUGGCUUCCUGCCGCACAGCCAUAAGGUGGCUUUGUGGACUCAUCUAGAUUUCAAUAUCGAGUACAACGGCAACUCUGUGAUCUUCGCCAAUGUCUCAGUGAAGGACAUCAAGCCCGUUCCCCUGGAGGACGGGGCGGGAGUGGCAGUGGGUGGUGUCGGGGUGGGCGGAGGCAGCCUGACUGUCACCCACACCUACAGCGUGCACUGGUUUGAGUCCACUCUCACUCACGCCCGGAGAGCUGAGCGCCUCCGAGACUACUCGUUCUUCCCCAAAACUCUGGAAAUCCACUGGCUGUCUAUCAUUAACUCACUCGUCCUGGUCGUGCUGCUCCUGGGCUUCGUCAUCAUCAUCCUCAUGCGAGUCCUUAAGAACGACUUCGCCAGGUACAAUAUGGAAGAGGAGGGCGGCUGCGAUGAUCUGGAUCAGGGAGACAAUGGCUGGAAAAUCAUACACACUGAUGUCUUCAGGUUUCCACCUUUCAAAAGCCUGAUGUGUGCCGUGUUGGGAGUCGGGGCUCAGUUCCUUACACUUGCCACAGGGAUCAUCGUCAUGGCAUUGCUGGGAAUGUUUAACGUGCAUCGCCAUGGCGCCAUCAACUCAGCAGCCAUCGUCCUGUACGCUCUGACCAGCUGCGUGUCGGGCUACGUCUCAUGCAGUUUCUACACACAGAUCAACGGCCAGCGUUGGGUGUGGAACAUCAUCCUCACUUCAUCUCUUUUCUCCGCUCCUCUCUUCCUCACGUGGAGCGUAGUGAACUCGAUCCACUGGUGGAGCGGCUCCACUCAGGCUCUGCCGGCCACCACCGUGCUCCUCCUGCUGGGUGCCUGGGUGCUAGUAGGCUUCCCCCUCACCGUCAUCGGUGGCAUCGUGGGAAAGAAUAGAGCUGGCAAUUUUCAGGCACCAUGCCGCACUCGUAACAUCGCCCGGCAGAUUCCUGCACAGCCCUGGUACAAACACACGGUCGUGCACAUGGCCAUCGGCGGCUUUCUACCCUUUAGUGCCAUCUCAGUGGAGCUGUACUACAUCUUUGCCACAGUUUGGGGCAGAGAGCAGUACACCCUCUACGGCAUCCUGUUGUGCGUCUUCGCCAUCCUCCUCUCAGUUGGCGCCUGCAUAUCUGUGGCGCUGACCUACUUCCUCCUGUCAGGCGAGGACUACCGCUGGUGGUGGCGGAGCGUGCUGAGCACUGGUUCCACCGGCCUCUUCAUCUUCGUCUACUCAGUUUUCUACUAUCGGAACCGGUCCUCUAUGAGCGGCCUGGUGCAAAGCACAGAGUUCUUCGGCUACUCUCUGCUCACAGCGCUGGUCUUCUCACUGAUGCUGGGCAGCGUGUCGUUCUGGGCCUCGCUGGCAUUUAUUCGCUACAUCUACCGUAGCCUCAAGAUGGACUAGACAUGAAAUGUGCACACACACAACUCUAAACAAACAUGUCAUAGCACACAUGGACAAUCUUUAUUCUCUAUUGCUCUUUCACUCACACACAACACACAAAGACCUCCUAAUGUAUUUGUAGGAGAAACAGGGGCCUUUACCUUGAUUUGAAAAAAGUAAAUAAUUGAACUGUCAGUGUUGGAAUAAAGGAUGUUUGGAUGGAUGGACAAACUAUUUGGGGAUGGGAUUAUCAUGGAUUUAUGGAUAAAAGGGGAUAUUUCAGUACAAAAGGAUGAUUGUGUCAUCAGGAAUGAAUGAAUAUAAUGUAUGAUAUACUACAUGUGUGAAUGGUUUUAGUUAAUUGCAUGAUGCUGUGUGGCUUCAUCUGCUCCGUUACCUAAGUCAUGGUCUAUCAAGGCUGGGAAGGAGCUACAUGUUCUAUACUUCCCACAUUACACUGGUUCCCUGCUGAGAAAGCUCACUCAUACUGUAGUUCUGAUUAUGCAGCAGUGCAAGUGUUACUUGCACUAUACUAUACGGUACUAUACUACCCCACACAUAAGAUUGUGGCAGCCUGUUAAAGUAUAACAAACAUUUUUUUUUUUUUUUGCACUGGCCCUGUUUAGUUCCACAUGGACCUGCCAUCAGUAAGAGGAACGAUGCCUUGUAGAUCGAAGAGCUGUUGCAAAAUAAUGGUGAUGGGAGCAAUAUUCUAAUUGUAUUCUAUGGUCACCAUUGACUGUAAUUUUGGUUCUGAUGUAAAUAUAGUAUUUUCAAUAAAAUGCUUUUAAUACAA